GCACAGACGUUGAGAAACGUUACCCAGCAAGUCGCACUUAUCCCUAAACUUGUAUUUAUCGACCGAAUCGGUUUAUUUAGCUUCGUAAAUUGGGUGCAGGGAUACUUUAAAGGCUAGUGAACAAGGAGAAACGUUGAAAGCCGCGAUGGCGUCGCCGGUGGAGAUGACAGAGAUGUACGACAACGCUCUGCUGGGCAUUCUGCAGCACGUUGGAAACAUUCAGGACUUUCUGCAGGUCUAUUUCGGGUUUUUGUACCGCAAGACGGACUUUUAUCGCCUGCUGUCAAGUCCCAACGACAAGAUGGGCUUCCCUCCCGGUGUGGCGGAGAAGAUGGUGUUUAAGACAUUUAAGCUGUUUGAGAAGAUGGCAGAUCACGACAGAGAGAGGCAGCUGAGCGAGCUGCAAAAGCGAGAGGAGGGUCAGUGUGUUCCUCCGGCCGUUCAGGAGCUGGAGAUCUCCGCCGAGCCUCCGGAGGGGACAGAGGAGCGUGGCGCGGAGGAGGCGCAUACGGACAGAUCCCCGGUGGAUGCAGGGACCGUUUCAGCCGAGGCGAACGUCAGCCCGCAGGCCGACAGCAGCAGCGGUCCGGGCCCGUCACCUCAGGGCGAGCCGGCGGCUGCAGCCAGCGCGAGCUCAGCGGACGAGGGUCAGGAUAAAUAUCAGUCGGACCCUGACAGCUACAACGGGGCGGUGAGAGAGAACUACAGCUGGUCUCAGGACUACACUGAUGUGGAGGUCCGUGUGUUUGUGCCAAAGACCGUCGUUAAAGGCCGACAGGUCAGCGUCAGCCUGCAGACCAGCAGCAUGAAGCUGUCUGUGAGGGAGGGAGCCGAGGAGAUAACACUGAUGGAGGGAGAGUUCACUCACAAGAUCAACACUGAGAACUCUCUGUGGAGUCUGGAGCCCGGGAACUGUGUGGUCCUGUCCCUCAGUAAGACCUCAUUGGUCUGGUGGAGCGCGGUGCUGAAAGGAGAGCAGGAGAUAGACAUCAACCAAAUCAACCGCGAGCGCACCAUGGCGACGGUUGAUGAGGAGGAGCACGCCGUCCUGGACAGGCUCACCUUCGACUACCAUCAGAAGCUGCAGGGGAAACCACAGAGUCAUGAAAUGAAGGUGCAUGAGAUGCUGAAGAAGGGCUGGGACGCCGAGGGGUCACCGUUCAAAGGGCAGCAGUUCGACCCCACCAUGUUCGACAUCCCACCCAGCGCGGUGCAGUUCUGAGGCGCCGCCAGAGCUCAGCCAGGCAUGAACUGGAAACCAGUUUGUUUCCAGGAACGGUUGCAGUGAAGUCAACAUUUACCUGCCGGUCUGUUGUGUUGGAAGUCUGUCGUUUUGCUUGGUCGGUGGGAAGAGAAACCAGACUGUGACGAGGACGUGUCAUCAUGUCAGACAUUUAUUUGAUGUUUGGCAGAAAGAAAUCUGAUAAAUGUGUUGUUAACUCUUUAUUUGAUAACUCAAACUGUAUGUUUGUCUGCCCCUGCGGAGUGAUGCUGUUAUUAUUCUGCAUUUUUAAUCUCACACCGAUUCUCCAAACAAUCACGUUUCCAUCCAGAUCUGAACAGAAUUUCUAGAAGAUCUGCAAAAGAAAAUGCAGAUUAACGUGUUUCCAUCCACUGCUGCGAUACCAACAUCAGUUGGUUCAUCGACAGAAACAGCUGGAGCGUGAACAAACCUCGAAGCUUUGUCUGGUUCAUGCUCUCAUUCAAGUCAGUGGCGCCAUCUUUGAGUCCAGUAUUCAGUUUUUAUAUCACAUCCGUGUCUCAACUGUGGAAAACAAAGUAGAACCAGCGAUGGAAGUGAGACAUUUCUGUUUCUGUCCAGUUUUUAAAGUUUCACUUUCUGUAUGAAGUGAAAACGCUUGUAAAAACCGGUGGAUGGAAGCACUUCCUGUCAGGCCGAACCGCUCACUUUCAAGCUGAAGACAAAUCUUCUUCACUCGAGCCGUUUGCUCGUUAGCACGUCAGACUUCAUCGGAGGCCGUGAACCUUUGCUCUGCUCUCUUAUUUAUUUGUCGUCUGUCUACAGUGAAAACAGCAGAUGGACAAUAAUCCAACGUGGAAACGGAGCUUCUGAGCAGUGUCGCUUGAUGUCAGGAUCUGCUGCUGUUAAACUGGUUUCAGCUGCCUCAAAACCAAAAAACACAACUGUUAAAUAAAAGAUUUGUUAAAUAUCUAAA